AAUCUGCUGCUCUGUCGGGUGCCCAUCAGGGCAGGAAAUUCAGUCGGCCCGCGGCAGCCGCCAGAGCAGGAAGCUGGACUUUAGCUACUCGGUCGCUUGCAAUAAUAAUAUUAUACGCUAAUGACAUGCGAGGAAAAUCGGCAAUAUUAUUCGAGUAAAAACCUUCGAUAUGAAUCCAAUAAUUAUCUGAUUAACAAAGAAAAACGGAGAGAGAAGUCGAUCCAUAGCGUAUAGACGUCAGUUCAAGUUGUUAAAUAUUAUUUACGUGCUUAAUUGUUUGGUGAUCAUUAUAUAUAAAAUAUAUAAAAUCGAUUUAUGUUUUAUUACGUUUGUUUGUGCAUUUUUUGCUUUUGUGUUUAUUUUUCUUUCGUUCGUCAAUAAAGUUUUUCCAAUAAAAUUUUACAUCGUCGACUCAUUUUGUUAUUUUGAUAAUAUCAAAAUUUGAUAACGUCGAGCAAUUGUAAUAAUAUUUUUUCGGUUCGUUCGUUCGUUCAUUUUUUAUUGAAACGAUUUCAUCGGAAAUUAUACAACACGAAACGUGCUCUGCGAUUCAGUUUUACCAUUUGGAUUUAUUAUUUUACGCCUCAUCGCUGAUCACGUAAUCAACACUUCCCAAAUACCCCCAUUGGCAUCGUACGAGAUCUCAUACGAACAACAGGCAUCACUUAUGCGAGGGUCAUUGCAACGAUUACCGAAACUAGAGAGUUCGCGAUUAUGAAGAUGGACGUGGAAGACUCCUUCGGAAUAAAGAUCAAGGAAGAGGCCAAGGAGUGUCUGUCGCCAACCAGCACCACCCACGCGUCCACAUGCAUCACGGGGGCGGCCGAUGCCUCCGCCCCCGCAUCUCAGAAUAGCCACACAACAACCUCGAAACUCACUCCGACCACGAACAACAAUCCGGAACCCUCGCCGGUCAACCUGAACCUCAAACCCAGAAGCAAAGGUAGCGGUCAACCCUCGAAGGACAGACCACCGCCGGAAGAAUGUCCUCCUUCUACUACGGAGUUGAGGGCAACGUCGCCGGUUUCCCUGAGAACGUCCACGCAGUCCUCGAGUAUAUCGAGAUCGACGAUCGUCCACGACGGUCAAAGCCGCACAGGGGGAUCGAGGUCAUCGGACAGCAGCAGCCCCCUGCCGCAGGGCACAAAAAUCGAAAAUGCGGAAUCGAUAGUCGGUAGACUUCUUACCGUGAACGUCGUCCACGAAGAGGCGUCCCCCGGUUCGAACGGCAAUGGAAUCGGAACGUCGGGAGGAAGCGCGUCGAGAGUUCCUCACGCAAAACUCAAAAGACUUCUCGGAACCCUCGUACAGUUCGCGAGCGAUAUUUCACCGGAGACAGGAGACGCGGUUAGGAGCCUCGUACUCAGUCUUUUGAGCGGUGCGAUGACAGCGGAAGAAUUUCACGGCGCGCUUCAGGAGGCCACCAAUUUUCCGUUGAGAGGUUUCGUCCUACCCUACCUAAAGCACACCCUACCGUCGCUACAGAGGGAUCUCACCAACGCCGCCAGAGCUAACAACCAGACGUCUGUGCAGUACCUGCGCUCAAACGAGGCUGUGGUUCUGGAAGCUGCGGGCUUCAGCCCAGGAGAACCUGCUGAGGUUUUCGGGGAACGGAACAAUCCUAACGCUACAGCAGGGGGAUGCCUGUUUCCACCGUACAGCAUCUCCGCUUCGGGAAAUCCCAACUCUGCGAACCCUUCGAACUCCACUGCUGCCAGCGCCAACAAUUCUGCUGGACCAGCGCCGGGAUUACAUGCCGCCAAUCAGCACCCUAAUGCCACAAAUCUCCACCAUUAUCCCGGACCACCCCCACCGCCGCCCACUUCGCAUUCUCUUAAACGUCGCGCAUCUGACACGCCAUAUUACGAAAAUGGCGCGGGACCUUUGUUCGAAGACGGUCCCCUCUACGGAAAGAGGGCAAUGAAUCCCUGGACAACGCACCAUCCCAUUCAUCAUCAAAGACAACAGCAACAACAAGCCGACGCUUACUGUUGGUACCACCCUCUGCAACUCGGGGGUGGCUCUACGGCAUCUCUUCAAAGUCAUCCUCAGUCUUCAAUGCCACCAUCUUUGGUUCAAAUAAAUCACCUAGCAGCGUCCUCGACAACAUCUUCGGCGCCGCAUCUCGUUCACCAACAACAAUGGGGAGCUACGAGCGGCAGUGCUCAGGGAAGCGUAUCCGGUAUACAGAACGGUUCUUGUCCAGCGGCUGCGGCCGCCCUGGAUGACGAAUGGAAAAACAUCCACGUCAUGUUGAACUGUAUCCUCGGUAUGGUGGAAAAGACAAAGAGAGCUCUGGCGAUUCUUCAACGAAGAGGAUGUCCGAGCCCCGCGAUUCCCGUUACCGCCGUUACUACUUCUGGUACGAAUCCGCAAAACAAUGGACCGGCGAAUACCGGGGAUCGUUCCGACUCGGCCGGAAAUGAAAGGGACAAUAGUUUGAAACGUAUUUCUGGGGAGAUCGUUGCCCAGACUAUAAGAGCAACGGAGGACAGAGUCGCGGAAGUCCAAAGAAGAGCUGAAGAGGCAAUGCUUGAAGCGAAACGUGCGGCGGUUGCGGAAGUUCAGCGAGCAAUUGCAGCAGCUGCAGCGGAAACCAGAGCGGCGGAACGUCUUCGCGUUCAUCAUCAUCGUUUUUUCGAACAACCGAUGCAAAGAAGCCACGGACACAUUCCCCAUAGUCACACCAUCGGGCAUGGUCCUCUUCUACGCGUCGUUGACACGACGACCUGCCUUACCACAACUGCCACUACUACCUCCACUACCACAACUGCUAGUAAUGCUUUAGCACCUAGAGACGACGAAAAGGAACAACAGGGUGUGCCGGGCUCCAGUUGCUGGAAUUGUGGCAGGCAGGCUUUGGAGACUUGCGGUGGUUGCGGAAUAGCGAGGUAUUGCGGUCCUUUUUGUCAGCACAGAGAUUGGGAGGCGGGUGGUCAUCAUGCGACGUGUAAUCCGCGUCGACCAACUCCUCCCCCACCUCCGCCAGUGCCUCCGCCGCCACCUCCUAGACCUGCUUCUAGAAGUCCGACGACUUCUUCCGCUGGGCCCGCUGGCAACGCGGGAGGAUCUUCUGGGUCAACAUCUACCACCGUCACUACGGUUUCCGGACACACCGGCAAAGGGAAAUGACGCAAUAAUAAAAAAAUUCACAGUAAUUUUCGAAGCAAUUGGAGAAACCCGACUGCGGACAAUUGAACAGGCGUGCAGUAAUUAUGUUAAUUUCAAGAGUGUGAAGAGGUCGAUCGAAAAUGAGAGGUGAAUCUCAUCGAAGGUUCGAGUCGCGGAGAAUUAGAGAAUGCUUUUUUCAUUCAUAAAUUGUAAAUGUAUAGUUUAAUCUCUUAUAUGAUUGUUCCUGCUGUGUAUACCAUCUGUAGUUUAAAGUAUAUUGUUUAUAAAUGAAUCAAUACCUUAGGUCAGUGUAGAGUUUAACCACAGGUACGAAAUGACGGUAAAUAGACCGUCUGAAGACUAAAUAGCGAGACAAUGAAUUCCGGUCCAGAAUUCUUUGGUAAAAGCGUUUGUUUUUUCAAUCAUUUAUCCACGUUAUUCAAAGGGAUGAUUAAAUUGUUCCAAAAUUUUUAUUGAAUCCACGUACUAGUCAAUUUGUAGAUUAUAUUGGAUAUAGGUAUUUGAAUAGUCAUCAAUUAUUAUUAUAUUUGGUAGGCUAAAUAUAAAUUACACCGGCAACUCUGUAUAUUUCGGAGUAGAUUAUCUGAUUAGCGAAAUCCUAUAUUAAUGCUACAAAGAUAUCGGUAAUUAUCGAAAUUAUCUAGUCAAAAAAAAUAAUAAUAAAUAAAUGAAUUAAUAUUACUA